CCACUUACCGGAGGAACGAGCUCGGGUAGCGAGCAUGGCACGUCGUCAUGGCUGUCCAAUUUCUCGGUUCUCGGGACCCCGACUUACAUAGAGUCUGGCUCUUCCCGGCGUGAGUGACGAAGGUUCACUUCUUGUCAUCCCCAUCAAUUCCUCCGUGUUUUUAACGAACCGUCCGAACUGUUCAUCUUUCUCAUCUUCAUAUACCCCGUCAACCUAUUUCUCUUCACCCCACCCACCUCGAAGGUCAUCUUAUUUCAUCUCAUCACAUCCCAUCCCGCCCCGCACACUCGACGCGAUCCCCGAACCUCCCUUCCUCCUACUCUUCGCCCAGGAUGUCGACCAAACACUUCAUUAACGAUCCCACCAAGCUGGUCAACUCGGCCCUCCACAGCCUGACCCUCACGAACCCGAGCCUCGCCCUCGACAAGUCCAACAAGAUCAUCUACCGCCGGCCGGACCCCAAUGCCGCCGCGCAGGUCUCGGUCAUCUCGGGCGGCGGCUCAGGCCACGAGCCUUCCUUCUCCGCCAUGGUCGGCCAGGGCCUCCUCUCCGCCGCCGUCGCCGGCACCAUCUUCGCCAGCCCUAGCGCCGAGCAGGUGCGUACCGCCAUCGCCUCGCGCGUCGACACCGCCCAGGGCGUCCUCGUCACCGUCAUGAACUACACUGGCGAUGUGCUCAACUUCGGCAUGGCUGUUGAGAAGGCCCGCGCCGCCGGCCUCCCCGUCGAGAUGGUCGUCGUCGGCGACGACGUCGGUGUCGGCCGCACCAAGGCAGGCAAGGUCGGCCGCCGCGGCAUCGCCGGCACCGUCCUCGUCCACAAGAUCGCCGGCGCGUUGGCCGCCCAGGGCAGGUCGUUGGCCGACGUCGCAAAGGUCGCCCGCCUGACCGCCGAGAACCUCGUCAGCGUCGGCGCGAGCCUGGAGCAUGUGCACGUCCCCGGGCGCGCCAUCCCGAGCGGCGAGGACGAGGGCACCUUGCGCCUCGGCGAGGCCGAGCUCGGCAUGGGCAUUCACAAUGAGCCCGGCUCCGGUCGGGAGAAGGCUGACCUGCCGGGACUGGUGGGCAAGAUGCUCGCGCAGCUGCUGGACCAGGGCGAUGAAGAUCGCGCGUUUUUGAAUGUCAACUCGAACGAGGUCGUGCUCUUGAUCAACAACCUCGGCGGCGUGAGCGCGUUGGAGCUGGGCGGCAUCACGGCCGAGGUCGCCUCGCAGCUGGAGGGCAGCUACGGCAUCCGCCCCGUCCGAAUUCUGAGCGGGACGUACAUGACCAGCCUCAACGGCCUCGGGUUCAGCAUCUCGCUGCUCAACGUCGUCAACACGGACAUCGGAGGUCCCAGCAUGAUCCAGCUGCUGGACUUCCCCACAGAGGCCACCGGUUGGUCGUCUCCUAUCCUCAAAGAGACUUGGGAGGCCAAGAACGAGGCCACGAGGGAGCAGGAGGCGGAUGCCGGCCAGGCGACCAAGCCCAGCGACCUCAAGUACGACGCUGCUGCCGCAACCAAGGCCAUCACGGCCGCCCUCCAAAGGGUCAUUGCGGCCGAGCCCGAGAUCACAAAGUACGACACCGUCGUCGGGGACGGCGACUGCGGCAUCGGUCUGAAGAGAGGAGCCGAAGCCAUCCUCAAGCACAUCUCGCAGAAGCCCUUGACGGGCGAUGCCGUCGUCGACCUCGCCUCCGCGGUCCCCGUGGUGGAGAACACCAUGGACGGCACCUCGGGCGCACUGUACGCCAUCUUCCUCAACGCCCUCACCGGCGCCCUGCGAAGCCUCGCCCCCGGCGCAGCCGACCCGGGCGUCUGGGCUGCCGCCCUGAAGCAGAGCAGCGACGCCAUGUCGCGGUACACACCCGCGCGUCCGGGCGAUCGUACCCUCGUCGACGCGCUGUACCCCUUCGUCGACGUGCUCGGGCAGACGGGCGACGUGAAGAAGGCCGCCGAGGCGGCGCGGGCGGGCGCCGAGAGGACUAAGGGCAUGAAGGCCAGCCUGGGCCGGACCGUCUACAUCGGCGGCUCGGGCUUUGAGCAGGUGCCCGACCCCGGCGCGUGGGGUCUGAGCUGCUUCUUUGCCGGUUUGGCGGGCCUCGAGGGCGAGGACGGCUGGGAGAAGCUGUAAAGGGUGUUAUGGCGGGUCUGGUCUGAUAUCAGUUCAUAUUGCGCCUGUAGGAUAUCCUUGUGUUUUUUUCUUUCCUUCUCUCUCAAAAUUUCCUUUUUUCACUUUUUUCUUUCUUUUUUUAUUGUAAUUCU